CCUCACCGAGAGCCUUAUAAAAAGCUUGGAAAUUCUACCAUACGUCCCGUUUGGCGACUGCCACCUCAUCAAGACCCUCUAACACUCAAGAGGAUUCUCUUCCCAAACAUCACCAUGGCCCAUCGGUUUCCAGCCCUCACCCCAGAGCAGAAGAAGGAGCUCUCGGACAUAGCCCAACGGAUUGUUGCAAAUGGGAAAGGGAUCCUGGCUGCAGAUGAGUCUGUAGGAACCAUGGGUAACAGACUGCAGAGGAUCAAGGUAGAGAAUACCGAGGAAAACCGUCGGCAGUUUCGGGAAAUCCUCUUUAGCGUGGACAGUUCCAUCAACCAGAGUAUUGGGGGAGUGAUCCUGUUCCACGAGACCCUCUAUCAGAAGGAUAGUCAAGGAAAGUUGUUCAGAGACGUCCUCAAGGAGAAAGGAAUUGUGCUGGGAAUAAAGUUGGACCAAGGUGCUACCCCGCUGUCAGGAACAAAUAAAGAAACCACUAUUCAAGGUCUGGAUGGCCUCUCUGAGCGUUGUGUCCAGUAUAAGAAAGACGGGGCCGACUUUGGGAAGUGGCGUGCUGUGUUGAGAAUCGGUGACCAGUGCCCAUCUCCACUUGCCAUCCAGGAAAAUGCCAAUACUCUGGCUCGCUAUGCUAGCAUCUGCCAGCAGAACGGCCUGGUCCCCAUUGUGGAACCAGAGGUCUUACCUGAUGGAGACCAUGAUCUGCAGCAAUGCCAGUAUGUCACUGAGAAGGUUCUGGCAGCUGUCUACAAGGCUCUGAGCGAUCACCAUGUUUAUCUGGAGGGAACACUGCUGAAACCAAACAUGGUGACAGCAGGACAUGCUUGUUCCAAGAAAUAUAGCCCUGAGGAGGUGGGCUUGGCUACUGUCACAACUCUCCACCGUACUGUUCCCGCUGCUGUUCCUGGAAUUUGUUUCCUUUCUGGAGGAAUGAGUGAAGAGGAUGCUACCCUCAACCUCAAUGCCAUCAAUAGAUGCCCACUGCCCAAGCCUUGGAAACUGAGCUUUUCAUAUGGACGAGCUCUGCAGGCCAGCGCACUUUCUGCCUGGGGAGGCAAGGCUGCCAAUAAGAAAGCAACUCAGGAGGCUUUUGUGAAGCGGGCUCAGGCCAAUAGCAAAGCGUCCAAAGGGCAAUACGUUCAUUCUUCCUCGUCCGGUGCUUCUGCGACCCAAUCUCUUUUCACUGCCAACUAUACCUACUAGAGUCCUGUGAAGUUCAUAUUUUCUGUGGCUUUGCUUUCUGAGUUAGCAGGAGGUGACUGAAAAAACAUAGUGGAAAUUGGAACCACUGGAAACAUGGUACACUUUAAAUCCUUCACUAGAGGAAAAAAGAAUUAGGAUACUCUCCACACUUCUCCUCAUCCCCCAUCCACAUUCCGAAGACAUAUAACCAGUUUUUCUCAAAUCUGACAUUUCGAUUUAUUCCUUAUUCCUUAUUAGCUCCACCGCAGCAGUUUUCCCUCCCACAGCUGAAAGAAAUAAUUAGUAAGAAAGAUCACCUCUUGACCUGGAAUAAAGUAGCAUUCACCAAAUGUAACAACUUUUAGGGUAGUGAGCAGAUGAGCAUUGCUUAUUAAGUGACUGGGCAGGAUUUGAAUGACACUACUGCUCCUGAGAAAAGAAAUUAAAUGUUUUUAAACAGUA